GAUAUUCAUUUUUUUCUCUCUAUCAUGUCAGACAUCAAAACAGAAGUAAGAAGAUUUUGCAGGCUGUCAGAGAAUACCAUCAGUAAUCCAAAAGGGGAACACGAGUUACUGCAAGCAUUGAAAAAUCUAAACUGUCUGGCCCUGGACUUCGAUGUGAUUGCUAAUGACGAAUUAUUUCAGUUCAAUGACAUCUCCGCCGCUAAACGUGUUUUUCGACAAACAUUUUACUGUCAUACCGGAUUGUUUCUUCUGGAUAAAUUGUCUGUAGAUUGGAUAAGAGUGUAUUUAAAAAAUGAAGCCAUAAAACAGAACUUCGAUGAUUACUUUCUGAAGGCGGACAACCCUGGGACAUUUAUCGUCCUGUCCAAGUGUUUAACGGAUUCGAGUGCUGGAGUGAAGCAAAACAAGUGUGUGAAGCUGCUGGAAGGUUUACUGCAGAAAAGAUGUCUUGAUCGGGUGAUGGUGGAGUACUGUAAGGGAAUCAUCCAAUCAGAUGAGCAGUUCAUUGUAGAUGAAUUCAUAGCAGCUCUAGUAUCAUUCCCUGAUAAAGCAGCAAAUGUUCUACAGACUCAGAACAGUGACAUGUUCCUACCUCAGCAGUAUAUACCACUGAUAGGAGAGACCAUACUUUCCAGUCUGGGACAUGCCAGUGACUGCAUCAGGAAGGGAAAAGACAUCAGUCUACAAUUUGCUGGACAGUUGUGUGCUAAGUUCUCCUUGUCAGGGUUUGCAGAGCUGCUGUGGAAGACAUUGAUGUUGGUUAUGAUGCCAGAGGUGCAAAGAGACUUCAUAUGGAGUCGAGUAUGUGAGAGACUUAUCACAGGUAUUCCAGAUCGAGGAUUAGAUGUUGUACUUAGUACAGUGCUGAGGAUAACCCCAUGGUAUGGUUUUGUGGACAAAUUACUUGGCGACUGUAUCCUGGCUAAACACAGAGUUGAAUAUCUUAUGUGUACCAAGAUGUUAUUACUACAGUACACAGACAAGGUACUAGUUGUUCACAACAUACUUGGUUACCUGGCCAGCUCACACACCAGACACCAUUUACUCAUCAAGACGAUGAAGGAGCUAUUGAGGGUUUGGGGAGAUGAAAGUGCACUGCGCCAUACUUCAGGAGAACAGCAUUGCUACAUCACCAAAGCCCUACUUAUCUGCUGUCACCAUCUCUCUGAACAGGAUGUUCAGAAACACAAAGAUGAACUGAUGCAAAUGCUGUUGCCUGGAGUACAGUGCCAUCUUGGAAUAUCUGACCAUGACACACGCUGUUUAGGGAUGCUUGUGGCCAAAACGAUGACACAAGUGCUUGACCCUAAAGGACCACAAUUGGACUAUGAGCUUGAUGAAAAUGAUGAGAAUGUGAAGUGCCUUCUGUUAGAGACAUCUAUACCUGAGAAUCCUGAUGUCACAUACUGUACAAGAAACAUUGAGAAGACUGAUAUUUCAUCGGCAACUACCUCCAUGGAUAAAGAAACAUCUCCUGGCCAGUCUCAACCACCAUCUGAUCUUGAUAGUGAUGAUGACUUGGAACCAUAUGACAUGUCAAAUGAUGUUAAGGUCACCAAAGUUAAACGUCCUAAAUACCUCAGAGAUUGCAUGGAAGGUUUGAUGUGUGGUGACGACCCAGACAGGACAGAAACUUGCCUGGAAGCUGCAGAGGGACUUAUACGGGCCUUACCUGAUGGUCUUGCUGAGGUGUGUGAAGAGUUUACUAAGAUUCUCUUACACCUGUCAGACAAAUCGUCCAACCCAAAUUUCACCAAACACAGAUUUAGUGCUAUGGUAGCUCUGGCUGUCAAUUCACCUGUUCAGUGCUCUAAAUAUCUAACUUAUGAAUUUUAUGAGAGAAACUAUAAUCUACGUCAGCGAAUGGAUAUCUUGGAGGUUUUAGCUGCUGGUGCUCAGGAGUUAUCUCAGCCUAACCAGCCUUCUCCUGCACCUUCCUCCAAGGCCGCAGCCCAGACUCCUGCUCUGUCCUCAACACCCACCCCUGAGGACUGGCAUAGCGUUGUACAAAAAAGGAUUGAGAGUAAAACCCGACGAUUUGUGAAAGGCCCCAGUAGACCUAUUCCUGCCCCACAGAUUAAUAAGUUUACAGGGGUAGCUGGACAGUUUUUCUACCCUCUAAUGAAACAUUAUGACAGGAGAGAAAAUACGUUUGACUUGAUAGGGGAGGACAGUCUUGUCCUUGGAAGGUUGAUAUACACACUUGGGGUCAUCAUGUACUGUGCUAUUAACACAAUGGAAGCCAAGAAAAUGGGAGCCACGCUUCUUGAAUAUGUCUGGGUCCUCCGAUUUCACACAGACAGAAUGGUCUGUCAUGCUGUUUUGUUUGCUGUUUCCAUGGUGAUCCUCUCUGUUCCUGUCCAUUUUCUACUGUACGACCUUCAAACUGAGGUCAUGGAAAUGAAGAGUUGGCUGCAGGAUGUUGCUGAUAAAGCUGUUGAUAAGGAGUCCAGGAAGUUGGCUGUCCAGUGUCUGAUGCUGUUAGAAAAUGUCAUUAAGAAGGAAUUCCAAGGAAGCGUAGAUAACACCUGACCAGUUACAGAUAUGUGAAGUAUAAAUAUUAUGAUUAUCGAGGUACUUCAUCAAAGAAGCUGAUGUUGGAACGGUCCACCAAAUCAUAACUCAGUCUCGAUUUCUCUGUCACAUUUGUCUUCCUUGAACCACAGUGACACUGUGUACUGUAUACAAUAGCUUAAUCAAAGAUGGAGCCAGUUGACUUGGAUUUACAUAAAGUACAGAUUAUGAUGUGACCUCCAGGCAAAAAAUUAGAACUUGUCAGUAUCAGAUGUGACAUCCAGUCAAAGAUGAGAAUUUUUCAGUAUCAGAUGUGAAUUCUAGACAGAAGACGAGAACUUUUUCAGUCUUUGUCAGUAUCAGAUGUGACUUCCAGUCAAAGAUGAGAAUUUUUCUGUAUCAGAUGUGAAUUCUAGACAGAAGACGAGAACUUUUUCAGUCUUUGUCAGUAUCAGAUGUGACUUCCAGUCAAAGACUAGAAUUUGUCAGUAUCAGAUGUGACUUCCAGACAAAUGAUGAGAACUUGUCAGAAUCUGAUGUGACUUCCAGUCAAAGAUUAGAACUUGUCAGAAUCUGAUGUGACUUCCAGUCAAAGACUAGAACUUGUCAGAAUCUGAUGUAACUUCCAGUCAAAGACUAGAACUUGUCAGUAUAUGAUGUGACUUCCAGUCAAAUGAUGAGAACUUGUCAGUAUCAGAUGUGACAUCCAGUCAAAGAUGAGAAUUUUUCUGUAUCAGAUGUGAAUUCUAGACAGAAGACGAGAACUUUUUCAGUCUUUGUCAGUAUCAGAUGUGACUUCCAGUCAAAGACUAGAAUUUGUCAGUAUCAGAUGUGACUUCCAGACAAAUGAUGAGAACUUGUCAGAAUCUGAUGUGACUUCCAGUCAAAGAUUAGAACUUGUCAGAAUCUGAUGUGACUUCCAGUCAAAGACUAGAACUUGUCAGAAUCUGAUGUAACUUCCAGUCAAAGACUAGAACUUGUCAGUAUAUGAUGUGACUUCCAGUCAAAUGAUGAGAACUUGUCAGUAUCAGAUGUGACAUCCAGUCAAAGAUGAGAAUUUUUCAGUAUCAAAUGUGAAUUCUAGACAGAAGACGAGAACUUUUUCAGUCUUUGUCAGUAUCAGAUGUGACUUACAGUCAAAGACUAGAAUUUGUCAGUAUCAGAUGUGACUUCCAGACAAAUGAUGAGAACUUGUCAGAAUCUGAUGUGACUUCCAGUCAAAGACUAGAACUUGUCAGUAUAUGAUGUGACUUCCAGUCAAAAGACUAGAACUUGUCAGUAUAUGAUGUGACUUCCAGUCAAAAGACUAGAACUUGUCAGUAAUCAGAUGUGACUUCCAGACAGAAGACGAGAACUUGUCAGUUAUCAGAUGUGACUUCCAGACAGAAGACGAGAACUUGUCAGUAAUCAGAUGUGACUUCCAGACAGAAGACAAGAACUUGUCAGUAAUCAGAUGUGACUUCCAGACAGAAGACGAGAACUUUUCAGUCUUUGUCAGUAAAUAAUUGGACCUCCAGUUAGAACAUAAGAACAUGUCAGUCAGUAUCAAUCUAUAAUGAUAUCACUUUUAUGUACGUAUCCAGUUAGCUGAUUUCACUAUACACCCUGUAGUGUUUUGGAGUUAGAGUUUCGAUCAGCAAAGCAGAAAGUUUGUGAACUCUUCCUGCUUCAGUUUCCUUCAAUGAUUUAAGGGAUGAUUUUGUACUGAAAUGGAGAGCAAUGAAAUUGCAAUAAAUAAAUUUCAUUAAAGUUUUGAAAAAUGA